AUGGAAGGCUAUCAUUUACCGUUGAGUCCAUCAAAAAGGGUGCAGGAGCUUCAGAACUUGCGAGUUCCUGGAUCUCCCGACAUGAAACACGCUCGGAAUCGACUGGAUAAUCUUCUCAUUGGAAUCAGAAAAGGAGAGUCUCAGCAAACCUUCAGAGAGGACUCGUAAGUGCUUUCGAGUUGUUUGAUUUUAAUUUUAGGCAUUUCUCACCUAAUUUUUUUUAUCAAAGUAUUGUUCAACGUCCAUGGAUAAUAUAAUUUUAUACCUUCACGUUUUAGGGCGAUCCUCUCCGAAAUCGAGGAACUUGAUGAACACAAGAAAGGCCCAGGAAGGCCGAGAAAGCCAAGACCGGAUAAUAAAGUUGUAUUCGAACUUCGAGGAAAGACCUUUGGAAUGCAGGACACGGAUCGAGAUGAGCCCAUCUAUUGCAUGUGCCGCAGAUGGAUGUAUGGAAAGGACGAUGAGAAAAUAGAAGCAGGGAGUCCCCCACCAGCUCUACCUGACAACAUUUCUUUGGUACGUCACAUUGUUUCACUGUUUCGCUAAAAUUUUAUGUUGUACUAGGCCAAGAGACUAAUUUCUCUAAUUUUGCAGGACUUGAUGGCGACAAAACCUAUUUAUGCGAUGCCAAAGCCCGAUACAAGUGUCCCGGAGCUCCCUUUGGUCCCCGAGGGUAUAGCUGAUCGGCCGCAAGAGCCGGAAUAUGCUGGCAAAGAUGUCAAGGAACUGCCUUUGAUGAUGGCUCAACACAUGAAACAUUGGAAGAAUGUUCGACGGAGAAUUACUGAGCAUUCUGAAGCAAGAAAACGGCGAUAUAAAAGAAGUCUGGAUCUGCUGAGGACUGUUUAUAACAUCGCUCAACAAACUCAAACUUAA